AAAAGUUUUGAACAGAAGGGGCCGUUGCGCUAAAUUUGUGUCUUGCUUUUUUCUUGUACAUUAACUCAACACAACUCAUCCCCCCUUCUCUUUCUCUCUUUCUCACUUUCUCUUUUCCUCAGCUCUUUCACCUUUUCACAUGUUGCGUUCUUUUAUUCGACAAGCUGCUAAACCAUUAGUCAGAAACAACUUGACUAGACGUACUUUGCACUCAUCUCCUGCUUCACUUUCGGACGCGAUCUUUUUGCACCGCGACACACCCGAAAACAAUGCCAGCAUUCCUUUUGAAUUCAACGAGGAUAACAAAAAACGCAUUUCUGAAAUCUUGAAGAAAUAUCCUGAACAAUACAAAAAGGCUGCCAUCAUGCCUCUUUUAGAUCUUGGUCAAAGACAAAACGGCUUCACUUCCAUCUCUGUUAUGAAUGAAGUUGCUCGUCUAUUGGAAGUACCUCCCAUGCGUGUAUAUGAAGUUGCCACUUUCUAUACCAUGUAUAACCGUCAGCCUGUGGGUAAAUACUUUUUGCAACUCUGUACAACAACUCCCUGUCAGUUGGGUGGUUGUGGCUCUACAAAGAUCUUGGAAACUAUCAAGGAAAACCUGGGUAUCAAGGUUGGCGAAACAACCAAAGAUGGCAAGUUUACUUUGGUUGAAGUUGAAUGUGCUGGUGCUUGUGUCAACGCACCUGUGAUGGCUGUUAAUGAUGAUUAUUAUGAGGAUUUGACACCUGAGACUACUACCAAACUUUUGGAAAGCUUAAAGGCUGAUAAACCAGUUACACCUGGACCUCAAAGUGGACGUCAUACUUGUGAAUACGCUCCCGGUGUUUACACUACCUUGAAUUCAGAACCUUAUGGUCCUGGAUUCAGAGUUCGUGAAGAUUUGUAAAGGAAGAUAGAAAUGGAAUUUAAUAUUAUUUUUACAUUAAAAAAAGAUUGAUGGCUCAAAAGGUUUAAACGAGGAUGUAAAAUACAAUUGUAGAAGAGAGAUUUAUUAUGAUUGAUUCAAAUAUGAGAC